GACGCAAUCAGCCAAGGAUCACAGUGUGUCUUCGUGCGGCAGACAUGAAGGUUUACGUGUUCUUCUUCUUCUUUUGGUUCUUAACGGAUGUCUUCGCUGACAGUUUAUACGAAGAUAGCGUCUACAGAGAGGCCAUCCUCUUCGUCAAUGAGUGUGGAUCCAGGUCUCUCACUUUGUGUUUUAAGGAAAAAGCCCUCAAAUUCAUCGAGCGCCUCCCGAACAAUAUCGAUAUCGGAAAUGGAAUACGAAUCAAACAAAGUGAUUCAGGGCGACUUGCAAGAGAAUACACUCCAAUAAGUUUGCCGAAUGAAACACUGGAAAGAGAGGCAAUCCUGGAUAGAAUGCUUUUGGAGCGCAUCACCGAUUACUUGUCAUCACAUACGCUAGAAUUUAAAUUUCCAAUCAGUUCGGAUCUGGACAUGUCAGCGGGAGAAGCUCGCAAGGGAGGAGGAGGGGGAGGAGGAGGAGGAGAAGGAGGUGGUGGAGGCGGCAAGAAAGGAGGCAAAAAAGGCGGAAUGGGAAUGAUGAUGAUGAUGUUUUCCAUGAAAGCUGCAGCCAUGUAUGCCAUAGGCCUCAAAGUUGUUGCAAUGAUAGCUUUCAAAGCUUUGCUCGCGGCCAAAAUCGCUCUGACUAUUGCAGGAAUUAUAGCAUUGAAAAAGCUCGUCGAAUCGAAACAUCAUACGCAAACUUAUGAAGUUGUAGCACAUCCUGUUUCACACGGCGAAGAUUACAGUCAUUACGAUAGAGCUUUCAGUCAGGAAUUGGUUUACAAAGGUCACAGAAUCGGUUCUUAGACGGCCUUUCUAACCCCUAACGGUACUUAGUACAGUAUUAGAGUUUCAGGUUUUUAUGUCAAAUAACCUCAACUGGUACCUGAAAUUAACACAAUUUUAGCUUUAAUUUAGGAAUUUAUUUAUUUAUUUAUUUAUUGAAAUGUUUUAAAAUAAAUUCGGUUUUAUUUAAGUA